ACAGUGAAUUAGCACUGCCGCUGGGAACCGGUCCCUCGACUCUGCUGAUCUCCAAACAAGCUGAAUAAAUCUCAACAUAAGCUGGACCCUCCUCUGGAAUCUGAAGCUUCCUCCAACCUUCUGAGUUAGAUUGAGGGGACUCAUUGCUGCUGGAUGGGCUCUAUUUGGGAAACGAGCUCCACCCUAUGUACAUACCAUGAUUGCUAAUACCUACCUGCUGAUUCCUCCUGUCAUGAACCCCAUCAUCUACAGUGUGAAGACCAAACAGAUACGUAAAGCUGUGAUAAAAGUUUUCCAAUCUAAAGAAAUAUAGAAUCAUAAAAGCCUAGAGCUAAACGGCCUGCUUCAGGCCAUGUUGUCAAUUAAGGCUAGACUACAUCUUGAAUGUCAGUUACUUUAGCCCCUUUACUUCACAGAUGAGGAGACGCUGAUAUAUAAGUGAGAAGCAAUAUAUAGCCUUAUGCCUAGAGUUCCUCUUCCUCCACACCAUUUCUUCUAAGCUGGUGCUUUUCUAACUUUGUCAAUAGCCCUUUUAUUCUUAUCUCAUCAUAGCAGUUACAUUUUCAUAUUAAUUUCAUAUUACAUCAUUCCUUUGUAGAAAAGUAGGUAGCAUUUUCUAACGCUCUGCCAUCUACUGUUCAAAGAAACUUCUCUGAUGAGGAUUGAUAGCUUCUUAUAGAGAAAGAUGUGUAUUUAGAAGGUAGUUUGAUACUAUGUCCAUUUGGCAAAAUAAUAGCAGUAGUUUAAUCCUGGGGCCUGUGAUCUUCACAACCAUGAGUUCUUGGUCAGAUUUACAACAUUAGACAUAAAUAAGUACUGUGAAGUUAGCUUUAAAGCACAUCAUAAAACAGGUGUUUUACCCUCAAAACAUUUUACCAUGAUUUCACCCAUGAAUAUAUUUUGCCAGUUCUAUCAUUAUUGCAGCUUGUGGUACUCACAGCUGGGUAAGGUGAUCAGUGACUUUUGUUCCCUAGCAGCCUGGAUGGCACCUUCUGGUCCUAUGAAAACCACCCAGCAGGGGGAGCUUCCAGAUCCCUGGAGCAUCAGCUGGUAUACCAACAGCUUGUUCCCCGAGCCUACUGAGUAGCGUUAUAAAGAGACCUGGUCCGGAAAGGGAAAGCCAGACCCUGCUGCUCUCCUUGAGUAGAACUGCGCCAUUCCCAGGCUGUCAGUGUGGCCUCUCCCUCUUCCAGUCCGCCCCACUUGGUGUCAACGAUGAGUUCCUGCAACUUCACCCAUGCCACCUUCCUGCUUAUUGGUAUUCCAGGACUGGAGGAAGCUCACUUUUGGUUUGGCUUCCCCCUGCUUUCCAUGUAUGCUGUAGCAUUGUUUGGAAACUGCAUUGUGGUCUUCAUAGUGAGAACAGAGCGGAGCCUGCAUGCACCCAUGUACCUUUUUCUCUGCAUGCUGGCAGCUAUUGAUCUGGCUUUGUCCACAUCCACAAUGCCCAAGAUUCUCGCCCUCUUUUGGUUUGACUCCCGGGAGAUUACUUUUGAUGCCUGUCUUGCCCAGAUGUUUUUCAUUCAUACUCUCUCAGCAAUUGAAUCUACUAUCCUGCUGGCCAUGGCCUUUGACCGGUACGUGGCUAUCUGCCACCCACUGCGUCACGCUGCUGUCCUCAACAAUACAGUAACAGUCCAAAUAGGCAUGGUGGCUCUGGUCCGGGGAUCCCUAUUCUUUUUCCCACUCCCACUACUGAUCAAGCGACUGGCUUUCUGUCACUCCAAUGUGCUCUCCCACUCCUAUUGUGUCCACCAGGAUGUGAUGAAGUUGGCCUAUACAGACACAUUACCCAAUGUAGUCUAUGGUCUAACUGCCAUUCUGCUAGUCAUGGGUGUAGAUGUCAUGUUCAUCUCCUUGUCCUACUUCCUGAUCAUACGAACGGUUCUGCAACUGCCUUCCAAGUCUGAGCGAGCUAAGGCAUUUGGGACUUGUGUGUCACACAUUAGUGUGGUCCUGGCUUUCUAUGUACCACUCAUUGGUCUGUCAGUGGUGCACCGUUUUGGAAACAGCCUGGAUCCCAUUGUGCAUGUUCUAAUGGGGGAUGUCUACCUGCUGCUGCCUCCUGUGAUCAAUCCCAUCAUCUACGGUGCUAAGACCAAACAGAUCAGAACACGGGUUCUGGCUAUGUUCAAGAUCAGCUGUGACAAGGACAUUGAAGCUGGGGGAAACACGUGACCCUUACCAUCCUAUCACCCUUGUCCUACAUGGCUUAAUAUAAUAACUUCAACACAUCUGCUUAAUUCCAAUCACCAAAAAGCAUAUUAGUGCUUUUCCCUGAAUGGGAUAGUGAACUGAAGUAUGGUUUUAUCUUCAUCAUGGAUAUAAUGUGAAUGUGUCUAUUUCGAUGAAUAUUAUGUGUUUUAAAGAUUCUGCUGUAAAAUGAGACCCACUGAUAAUACCAAAUGAAACAACUUGGAUUUGUGAUUUAAACUAAUUAUUGGGUUUGUGACUUGAAUGAAAUAUUUUCAAAUUACUAACAUUUUUAUUCCUACUUCCUUUGUUAUAAAGCUAUUGUUUAGCUAUAAUGUUUAACUUCUGAAAUGUGGAGCAUGAAGCUGACAGUAUGUUUCCUCGCUCAUUUCAAUUUUAUUAUUCAGUACCCAGGAACAUAUAUGAGCUCUGAACAGGAAGGCUUAUGUGUAUCAUGUAUGCUUAACAUGUUCCAGAUCCUGUGAUAAGUGCUUUUCCACCUUUCUGUGUUCUUGUUCUUUUCCCAGGGAAGAUACCACUUUUGCCCACCACAACAUGUGAUAGAGGCUUUAAUGAGCAAAGAAACUUUCUUGUAUGUGCUGUGCCAAGAUUUUAAAUUAAAUUUGAUAAUUGAAUGCAUUUGCUUUACUACCAUGUUAUAUUGCUUCCUGCUUAACAUCUGCCAUCUAUUUCCUCUGCCUAUUACAAAUCCUGUUUUCUCUUUGUCGUGUGCUAACAUGGAUGUCUUGUGUUUGUGGUAAGUGAUUAACCAUGUUCUGGUGGCGGGUACCAAACUGUUCUUCAUGAUAGAGUAGCUGCUUCCUCUCAGAUGAACAGAGGAGGUUUAAAUUUUUUAGUCUCUUUCAUAUCUUUGAUUAUGUCUUCUUUGUAUUGUGUUCUUCGGCUGUCAAAUCUCUUGAAUAUAUAACGUAUGACAUUGUCUGAGUCUUGACUUAGGUAUCAAACAACAUAGUAAUUUAUCUUAAAAUGUUCAGUAUUAUUUUCACUGUUUUUAUGUUCAUAAAGUAACAUUGGGAGAUAUGAGUGAUCCUCCAGUCCUCUUUACCAACACUGCAAAGGGCCUGCUGGAUAUGGGUUGUACAACUAUAGAGAUGUUGAAUGAACUUAUGUGAUGUAGAAUAUUCCCUUCAUACUGAGUGGAUGAUGAAAAGGUUCUAAGAUUAGGUUUUAGUGAUACCUACAAAAUAAUGUUAAUAUACUCAAUGUACACAUAAUGCUUAAAAUGUUGAAAUUUAUGUGGUGUGUAUCUGCCACAAUAAAAAAAAAUCAUUUAAAAUACUGU